AUGAGUGUUCAAGAUGUCUGGGUGGUUAUCUUUGUCAUUGGGUUCUUCUUCCAACCACCAACUUUGAGCUGUCAGAACCUGACAUGCCAUCCAAAUGAUUUGGAUGCAUUGGAGGAUUUCUUGAAUGGUCUGCUAAGUGUCAUUGGUGGUUGGAGUAGGAAUUUCUCUGACGAUUGCUGUAAAUGGGCAGGUAUCACUUGCAACUCUUCCUUCUCUCUUGGAUUGAACAGUUCUGUUGAUACGUAUAGAGUGGUUGAGUUGGAUCUUUCCAGCAAAAGACUAAUUGGGAAUCUGUCUGAAUCUUUGGGAAACUUGAAACAACUUAGAGCCCUCAAUCUUUCUCGCAAUUUCCUCAAAAACACACUUCCUGUUUCACUGUUCCAACUGCCAAAUUUAGAGUACUUAGACUUGAGUUCUAAUUACUUUUCUGGCCCCAUCCCAGUUGGUUUCAAUUUACCUUCAGUUCAGUACGUCGAUAUGUCUCACAACUACUUGAAUGGUUCCUUACCAAACAGCAUGUGUGGCAAGUUUACUCGGCUUCAAGUACUGAAAUUGGCUGUCAACUACUUUUCUGGUGACCUUCCCCCAGGUCUUGCCAAUUGUAGUUCCUUGGAGGCCAUCCAUCUCAGCACAAACUAUCUCUCUGGUGGUGUACCUGAAGGUAUAUAUCAGCUGCAGAAACUGACCAGAUUGACCAUUCAAGAUAACAAGCUUACCGGGACGCUGAGCAAAGAAGUCGGUAACCUGAUUAACCUUGUUUGUUUGGAUAUCUCGAGUAAUUGGUUUUCAGGAAUAAUCCCAGAUGUUUUCCACAGCCUUCGAAGAUUACAGUAUUUUGUUGCUCAUUCCAAUAACUUGAGUGGCAAGAUACCCCCUUCCCUGUCAAGUUCUCCAACCAUCUCUUUGCUGAAUGUGAGAAACAAUUCACUGGACGGUCCAGUUUAUCUAAAUUGUUCAGCAAUGACAAGUUUGACCUCUCUUAAUCUAGGUUCAAACCAGUUUGAUGGAGUUAUUCCAUCGAAUCUCCCCUCUUGUCGGCGUUUGAGAAAAAUAGAUCUUGCCCGGAACAACUUAAGUGGCCAAAUUCCUGACAGCUUCAAGGAUUUUCAUACUCUUCAUUACCUCUCACUUUCAAAUGCCAGCCUUUCCAAUAUAUCAUCUGCCUUUGAAAUUUUACACCAGUGUCGGAAUCUAACCACUUUGGUUCUCACCAUGAACUUCUAUGAUGAAGAUUUGCCAGCUGAUCCAACCCUUCAUUUCGCAAGGUUGAAGGUUCUCGUUAUUGCAAACUGUCGGCUCACAGGUUCAAUACCCCAGUGGUUGAGUAAGAGCAGCAGAUUGCAAUUAUUAGAUAUAUCCUGGAACUGCCUGAAAGGUACAGUUCCAGCUUGGUUUGGCAAUUUUACUUAUCUAUUCUACUUGGACAUAUCAAACAACUCUUUUACUGGGGACAUACCGAGAAGCUUAACCGGACUAGAGAGCCUCAUUGAUGGGAAAUUUUUCUCAGCUCAAGAACAUUCUCCUGAGUUUCCAUUUUUUCAGAAGAAGAAUGUGAGCGCAAGGGGAUUGCAGUACAAUCAAGUUUGGAGCUUUCCACCGACUCUGGCACUAAACAACAAUAAUUUCAGUGGACAGGUUUGGCCAGAGUUUGGGAACCUGAAAUCCCUUCAUGUAUUGGAUCUAAAAUUCAACAAUUUAUCUGGACCUAUUCCAAGUUCUCUUGCUAAUAUGAUCAACUUAGAGACUCUGGAUUUGUCUCAUAACAAGCUUUCAGGAAUAAUACCAAGUUCACUGACUGGCCUCAGUUUCUUGUCCAAGUUCAAUGUUGCAGACAAUCAAUUAGAGGGGAAUAUUCCUUAUGGAGGUCAGUUUGGGACCUUCCCAGAUUCAAGCUUUGGUGACCUUGCACCUCCAAGUCCAAAGAUUAUGUUUGAUCCAGUGUAG